GCAGAAUCUAAUGGAACCUUGGCUUCAUAUUACAAAGAUCAUAAGGAUGAGUAUAUGUAUUUAAACUUUUACAAUGCGAUCAUUGUAAAUAGAGCAAGCACUUAUGUAGAACAUGCAGCUAAAUGGGCAAGAGGUUUAAAAAGGCAUCGUAAUGAUAAUCUUUCUAUGUCUGAGUCUAUUUUAUUACUAACCAAUUUUAUUUUUGAGAAAGAAAAUAUAGGCAACAAUCUGCCUAUUGUUACAUUCUCUCAGCUUAAAGUUUCGGCUAUAGACAAGAACGAUCAAUUAGAUUUCUUCUUUAAUGAAAUUGAAGAAAUGGCUUGUCUAGAAAAAAAAAAGAGUUUGAAUGAAGGGCUCUUAAACAGUCUUUGGCAUACCAGUGAUGAAUUAGCAGCAAGUGAUGAUAAUCUUUCAUGGUUAAUAAAUUCUAAUUUAACAGCUUUUAAAAAAGAUAUUUCUCUUUUUGUAGAUUUAAUGGGAGUUUCCGCAGAAGCUAUAGAUGCUUUAUCAUAUGCUGGUUUAACGAUUUCACAAAGGCAUCUGAAUAGGGAAAAGAUAGCUAUUGCUAAUAAUCAUCUGUAUAGAGUUGCUUCAUAUCUAGAAGCUAAAAAGAAUAAUAUUGUAGUGCAUAUAACUACCUUGUUGCUAAAUGGUGUUGAUUCAAUAGCUAUCCCUCAAGUCACUACAGGCAGUAUAUCAAUUCACAAUCCAAAUUUAGUUGAUUCUAACCUUAUUUGUAAUUUUUUAGAUAGCGUUUAUAUAAAACGUAUAGCCAAAACGUUUAAUGACCAGUUUUAUUAUGAGGUACCUUUGAAUAAGAAGCUUGAAAAUAUGACUCUUCACAAAUAUGAUUUUCGUAUACAAGAACAUCUGGAAGAGCAUAAAAUGAAGGAUACAAUACUUUUGGAUUUUUUUGAAUUAAGCCUUAAAGAAAUUAAUUCAUAUAUUUUUGCUUUGCAAAAAUUUGGCUCUGAGUUAGAUCUGAGUCAUGAUUUUCAGAUCCAGAAGGCUUGUGUAACAAAGGUUGUCCACCAUGCUAGAAAACCUGCUCCUGAAAAAAAGAAAAAAAGCAGAAAUAUUAAGAAAGACCUAAAGAUAAUUUAA